AUGGCAAAGCAACGUAAUAAGAACAAAGCCGACCAAGAAGAUUUCGCUGUUUUCUCAUCCGUUUCACGCAAAACUGUGGUAGAAGUGAACAGUGAUGACAGUGAUGAUGGAUCCUGUGUUACGCAUUCUGAUGAGGAGGAUCUGACUGAUAUAGUGACUCCUUCCGAUCAGCUGGAUGGUUUUCUUGAUAGGGCUACCAGCAAAAACGUAUCCAUUCGUUUGGCUGCAGUAAGUAAUAUCGAAAUCUUAUUAACUAGACGAUAUAUAGCUCUCGAGAAGUGGGCUGCUACUUUAAUAGACAUUAUUGAUAAAGCAUUACGAAAAACUGAUGAGGAAGCAAAAAUUGCUGCUUCUGUAUCUAUUUUGGUUUCAAUUCAGUUGGGAGAAAAGAUUGCCGGCGAAAUGGAAUCGAUCGUUAGUUUUUUGUGCCAAAUAUGCACAGAUCCAACUCGAAAUGUUCAGCUGCGUAGCCAAUGUGCACGUUCAACAGCUCUUUGUACUUUUCUAUGCUUGGAACAGCCAGCAACUAUUCUUGCAUCUGUUGCUGCAUUACGAUCUAUUUGGUUUACUGUGAAAUCAAGCGCUGUUUCUGUAAAGCUAUUUUGCGUAGCUUUAUCAGGGUGGUCUCUAUUGAUUCAUAAAGGAGGACAAGAAGCUUUGAGAGUUGCAUUACUAGAUGAACCCAAGUUAUGUACGUUUCUCGGUGGCAUGCAGCUGGAAAUGAGACUAAGUGCGGGUAAAGCUUUGGCAGUUUUGCUGGAAGCUGCCGUAAUGACAUUCGGUGACAAAUAUCGAUUUCCCAACCAGCAGCGUAUUUUGGAUAUCUUUGCAAAUUUGACAACCGAUUCACUGAAAUUUCGAGCCAAAAAAGAUCGAAAAGUAGAGAAGUUCAUAUUCAGGCAGUUGUAUGCAUCCAUAAAGGAACAAGAAGCGCCGGUAUUUGAUGUAAGAUUUGGCGAUGAAACAUUGAGUAUAAAAUCUUGUCAAAAGAAGCUCUUGUACGAAUUUAUUUGUGGCGUUUUGCAUGGCAGCAUAAAUUCCCAUCUCAAAAUGAAUCCCAUUUUAAGAGAGCAAUUUGAUUUAGGACCGAUAACUGAAGUAUUUCCAACGAAAACUGAAAAACUACGACGGGUUGCCAUACAUAAUGCAAUCAACAAAACAAGGGAUUUGCAGCGGUUAAAGCAGAGGGACAAACGCACGGUGUACUUUUAG